AUGUUCUUUUUAUGGUUGUUUUUAGGCGGUAACAGUCCUGAUCCGCGAUGUGAAGCACUACACAAUCAAUGAGAAACAGUUGCAAGUUCUACUUGCCUAUGCUGAGGAAGACAUCCAUGAUUACACCAGACAAGCAACUGCGUUCACAAUGCUCAAGGCCAUCUUGACUCGAAAGCUGGUAGCUCCAGAAAUCCAUGGUAUCAUGAGUAAAAUCUCAGAUCUGUCAAUCACUCAACAGUCCAGCUCUGUCAGGUUACAGUGCAGACAGGUGAUGCAUCAGUUUCUCUUGGACUACCCGCUUGGUAAGAAGUUAAAGCGCCAUCUAGAGUUCUACGUGAAGCAGUUGAGUUUCAGCGUAGAAUCAGGAAGAGAGUCGGCCCUAGAGAUGCUAGCAACCAUCUACUCGUCCUUCCCCCAGAAACUUCUUGUAGAGCAUGCUGGUCUGUUCUACAUCCCCAUGGCAACACGGUUAGUGAAUGAUGACUCAGCAAACUGUAGAAAGCUGACGGCUCUGGCUCUCAUCACUCUCUUAGAUAAGCUAAGCUUAGAGAAGCGUGAUGAGCUGUUUAGCAUCACUCUACACUGGUUGCAAGAUACGAAGCCUGCGCAUCAGAGAUUGGCCGCUCAAUUAACGGCCAUCUUUGUAGAAGCGGAGGAAGAAGAAUUCAACCGACGUCUCACUCAGGUAUUACCAGUCAUCUGUGAUAUCAUCAGGCCCGAGAACUUACUAGAGGAGGAGCUAGGAGAAGAGAAUGAAAUGAAAGCUCAAGAUCAUCUCAUGUUUCAUGUCAUGUCGGCACUUUGUAAGAUCACUAAACAGUGUCAGCUAGCUACCUACAAAGAUCAACCUGAAAUCAUCACAUCUAUGUGGGAAUCUCUGGAAUCACACCUUGUUCAUCCUCACUCUUGGGUGAGACUGAUGGCUGCAAGACUCUUUGGAGAACUCUUCGCUGCUUGGCAACCGCAUCAUCUGGUUGCUAUAGUAACAGACGCUGAUGCAUCAGAAGCAGCAGCAGCAAUCACUCCUUCGUCUGAGAGUCAGCAGAAGAAGAAGAAAAAAAAGAAGAAGAAGAACCAGAAGGAGAUGAUUAGAGAUGGAGGAGCUGUUGUUAAAUCAGAGGAAGGCAAGAGGAUGGAGUAUCUCCAUAGCAACCUAGAAGAGAGGAUGAUGGGAUUGGCGGACAAGUUUUGUAAGCAGCUCAAUUCCAGCAUGGUAACCAAGGAGCUAGCAGAGCAGGUGAUUAAGAACGUCAUCUUCAUAUCCAAAGUGGUGCGGAUAUUGAACCCUCGUGAAGCUGUAGAAGAACUAGAAGAAGAAGAUGAAGAGAAGGAGGAAGAAGGAGACGAAGAGAAGGAGGAAGAAGGAGAUGAAGAGAAGGAAGGAGGAGAAGAGAAGAUGGACAGAGAGAACGAAACGCUGAGUACGUCUUGGAUCUUGAAGAGAAUGAGCAGGAUAGCAGCCACUGAGGUAGCUAAGACCCCAAAGAUAACACUCAAGAGGAUGUCAGUGAUUAAAUGGAUCGCUGCUACAGCUUUAGACCUAGGUCAAGGGUCGCUUCGACCAUACCUUCCUAGCAUGCUUCAUGUGGUGGGACGAGAGGUCAACGACAAGUCAGCUCAAGCUGAUCCUGAGCUAAAGACGUUGUGUCAGGAGGUCCUGGAGCUGUUGAAGUCUCUGGUUGGAUUAGAUGUUUUCUCAGAGGUCUACGCUGCAGUUCAAAGGGAUUCUAAUGAAACAAGAAUGGCUAGGAAAAGGAAGAGAGCUCUAGAGGCUGUUGCUGAUCCUGAGAAAGCAGCUUUGAGGAAGAUGAAGAAACAGCAGUUGAAGAAAGACUCAAGGAAACGAAAGCUGCAAAUGAUGAGACCAACUUAUCAUAUCAACAAGAGACCUAAACAGACAUAGAGUAGUAACCCA